AAAAAAGAAGAAGUAAAAACGUUGAGUUUGAAAGUUCAAAAAAAUCAUUUAACUUUACGGUUAUUAUUUAAGUAAAUAUUCAAAAGAAAACAUAAUUUUCAUGACUAUGGAACAAUCUGUUGAUGAUUGUGAAAGUUUAAAAGCUGAUAAUUUAACUUUGAAGCAAGAAUUAGAUAGUAUAAAAUUAGAAUUAGACAAAGCAAAUCAACAAUUGUACGAAUGCCAGAGAAAUGUUAGAGUUUUAACGUCUGUACAGGCAGAAUACCAAAAUGAAAUUGAUAUGUUACAAUCUGAGCAAAUCAAACAAAAACAGAAAUAUCAAGAUAUUAUUAAACAGCUUGAACAAAACAUUAAUAACAUGAGGGAGAGCUACAAUGAUGAAAAACAAACUUUUGAAAAUGUUAUAAUGAAAAUGGAAGAAAAGAAUGAACUUAUGAAAAAUGAACUCGAUGUCUACAAAGGUUCUUAUGAUAAUAAUGUUACUAAUUUUGGAGAUACAAGUUCACUAAUACAAGAUAUUCUUUCGGAUCCUCCAGAGUUUUAUGAGAAUCAGCAAUUAAAAGACACUGUAAAAGAAUUACAAAGCAAAAACGAAAUUUUAACCAGACAACUAGAGGAAUACACAAAUGAAUUAGAAAAUUUAAAAGAAAGUUUAAAUUGUACCAGGACUGAUCUACAUGAAGCCAAUGCCACUAAUCAAUUUUUGAAUGAUGAAAUACUUUGUCUCAAAACUGAAUUAGACAAUUUGAAAAACCAACCAUUGAAUAAGGAUAGUAGAGGAAAUUCAUUAUUUGCAGAAGUUGAUGAUCGGAGAGUAUUUUUGCAGGACCAAGUGAUUAAAAUGAAAGCAAGUUAUAUAGCAAUGGUUCAAGAAAAAGCUCAACUUGAAAAUACUAUCCAUCAAUUAAAAUUGGAAAAUAUGAGACAGUUGGAAAAAUGGAAGUCUGAUAUAGAAGAAAAAGAUAAUGACAAUCAUGAAGUUACUGUGGCCUUAAAUUCCAGAAUUGAAGAUUUGGAAAAAGUAAUAGAAAAAUACAAAAAAGAAUUAUCACAAAAACCAGUUGUAUUAUCAAAGAAAAAUUUCGAGGAAAUUGAAUAUUACAGUCUCACACUAAACGAAAAAAACCAAGAAAUACAAUCUCUCAAGGAUGAAAUGUGCGCAAAGUCUCUAGAUAGAUUUUUACUUUCGACUGCUUUGAGAGAAGCGAACGAUGAAAAAAGAAAAUGGCGUUUGAAGGCAAUGGAUAAAGAACAUCAACUUGAGUUACUAAAAAUAGAAAUAGCUAAUAAUUUAAAAGAGAAAACUAAAAAUGAUGAUUCGGAAGAGUCACUACAAAAAGCUUCACAUAAAACUAAUAAAAAAGAUUACAAGAACAAUAUGGUAGACAAAGAUUCUUCUAAGGCUGAGACAUUAUCGCCAAAACGCCUAUCAGACAUUAAAGAAGAAUAUGAAAAUCCUCUUCAGGAUAAUUCUAAUUUUAAAAUAGAAAAUAAGGCAAAAUCAAGAUUUACGAUUGUAUUAGAAGAACAUUUAUCAGGAUCUUUGGAGGUUCAACAAAAACCGGAUGAGUGUGAUAAAUCUAGAGUAAGCAUGUUGAAAAAAGAUGAAAGUAAAACUACAGAAAAGGAGAAUGCCGGUGGUAACAAAGAAAAUAUUAUAGAAAGUAAAAUUGAUACAAAUCAGACAAAGAAGGUUUCAUUUGCCGAAAAUACCGUUUCUCCGAAGAAGACGCAACAGAAAGGAGGCAGGAGAAUUGUAGCGAUUAAAAAUAUAAAUUUUAAAAAAUAAAUUUAUUUAUGACAAAUUGUAAAUUUUUUACUUACCGUUUAAUUUUUAAGACUGACUUAAAAUAGUUAUGUUUUUAGUACGUUGUUUGAUCUAUUCUCAGAUUGUAAAAAAAUUAUUUUUUAAGCUGGUACUUAAGUGAGAAGAGUAAUAAACUGAAAAAAAUUGUCA